GCAGAAAAUGCAGUCCUCUGAAGGUGAGUUCACAUUUGAGUCUCUUUUGAUGUCUGAUAAAAGUACUUUGAUGAAGCAAUUUGCAUGUUUUCACCUUGUCAAUGGCAUUUUUGAUAUAUAUAAUAUUGUCCUUCAGAUACUGACAUGUUCCUCCCUUUGAUACCCGAGGAUCCUGCGUCUGACGCCGAUGCCGAUCCAUCCGACCCCUCUGAUGACGAUUAUCUCCCGAGUGAGCAUGUGGGUGGGAAACUAGGUGCUAACGGGCAGAAAAUGCAGUCCUCUGAAGAUACUGACAGGUUCCUCCCGUUGAUGCCCGAGGAUCCUGCGUCUGACGCCGAUGCCGAUCCAUCCGACCCCUCUGAUGACGAUUAUCUCCCGAGUGAGCAUGUGGGUGGGAAACUAGGUGCUAACGGGCAGAAAAUGCAGUCCUCUGAAGAUACAUGUACUGACAUGUUCCUCCCUUUGAUGCCCGAGGAUCCUGCGUCUGACGCCGAUGCCGAUCCAUCCGAUCCCUCUGAUGACGGUAAUCUCCCGAGUGAACAAUUGUCCGACUCCGAAGUUGACGUGUCUGCAGGCUUGCAUGAUGAUGUGAUGUAAGUAUACAGUUUCUAAUUCCAUACUCCAGUCAAUAUUGAUAAGAAAAAUAGUUACUCUUAUACGCAAACUAACCAUUAAUCCUAAGUGAUGCAAUUUAUAUCAUUUACUAUAGAGCACAGAGUGACAUACACCAUGUGGGUUC